UCUCAGCUGGUUUCAUUUCUUCUCCUGUUUUCUGAGACUGAAGAAGAGUGACAGGAAGCCAAGGUGGUUUUUGGAUACUGGUGUCUUUGUCGGAGUUCUGAUCGCUCGUGCUGAGCACAGCCUGGUUGUGAAAAGCCAGGGACGACCCAGGGCUGCAAGGACCCACCUCAGGCUCUGGGACAGGUCUGCGGACAUGGCAGAGGCCCCAGGUGCAGAAGAGGGAAAUGCAGUGGAAAUAGCUCGAAAGCGACCAAGAAUGUCUCAGGCUUUCCAGGAUGAUGAACAAAAGCUUCUUAAAAACUAUGAAAACAUCGAGUCCAAGGCCAAAAGAAUUCUGAACAUGUUGUAUGGCAAGAUACCCUCCCUGUUUCAGUGGGAUGACAUGCCCGGCCAGCUGAGAUAUCUCAGAGACCGCCUUAACGCACUCAAGGCAAAGCCUGUCUUCAGCUUCACCCGCAUCGGUCUCUUCGGCAGCACCGGCGCGGGGAAGAGCACGCUGCUGAACGCCCUUCUGGACAAGAAGUUCUUUCUGCCGGUCUCUGGAACACGGGCUUGCACCUCCUGCCAGGUGCAGAUCAGCACCCACGGGGAUAAACACUACGAGGCGAACAUUUUUCUUCUCUCAGAGGAGGAAUGGAAGGACGAGCUGAAGAGUCUCUUCGUGCUUUUGGAGCCUGAGAAUGAAGACGAUGAGAGCGACAUCGAUAUGAAGCAUGCCAUCUGCAAGCUGCGCGCUGUUUAUGGGGAAGGGGCAGAGAGAAGAAGUUACGAAGAGCUGCUGAGAGCCAAACCCGUGAUUACCAUUCCCCUCUCGAGACGUAUCACUCUCAGGAAAGCAGAGGCGGAGGAGCUCUCUAAAGAGCUGGACCCGUAUAUCCGGAACCAGGACAACGGCGAGGGGGACAGCAACAGCGAGAUGGACAGUGACGACAGAGAGAUGGAAGAAAUGAGGGCAAAGAUGCGGCUCUGGCCGCUGAUCAAGCACGUGGAAGUGACUCUCCCAAUGUCAGACCUGGUUCCCAAAGAUGUUGUCUUUGUGGAUAUUCCAGGGACAGGAGAUUCCAACAAAGAAAGGGAUGAAAUGUGGAAAAAGAGUAUCCUGGAGUGUUCAUCCAUCUGGGUUAUUGCUGAUAUUGAACGUGUUUUUGGGGCCAAAGAACAUGAAAUUAUGCUACGAGAGGCAAUUAAAGCUUACCAGGUUGGGAAGUGCAGUGAUAUCACGUUUGUGGUGACCAAGACGGAUAAAACCAACGCUGAAGAAUACAUGAGGGGCAAAAGGAUAGAACGAAUUAUGAGCACGCAUGAUGCCAUUUUGGAGCAGAACAAAGACCUGAAAAUAAAAAAAGGCAGAACAAUGAAGGAGAAGAUGAAGAGAUACUUGCCCAGCGACUCAGAGAUAUUGCAAAAGUCUGACCUGGUUUACACAGUCAGUGCCCAAGAAUACUGGAGAACUGCAAUUCUCAGCAAAGAAGAAACAGAAAUCUCCAUACUCAGAGAUCACGUCAGGAAGCUCCACCUGAAUAUGAUGAAGAAUCUGGUACAAGAUUAUGUGCAUGAAAUUCGUGACUUCUUCCACCUCAUGGAUGUUGGCUGCACGCUGGUCGGAGAGGUUCAGCCCUCCCAGCAGCAUCGGCUGGAUGCGUACGUGAAGACAAAGAUCCAGGAACUGGGAACGGCGGCUGGGCAUGUUUUCGACCAGAUGGAUUUGCCUCUCCUCAAUGGGGUGAAAUCUGCCAGAAAGUUGUACAAGAAGAAUAUGGAGUUGUUCUUCAAUCAAGGCAAGGAUUCCCGCGGUUUCCACAGGACCCUGAAAGCCAUGUGUGUGAGGAAAGGCGUGUUCGUAUCCCGCAUCUUCAGCCGCCUCAACAUCAACAACCUCCUGGCGCAACCCAUCUAUCAGUGUAUUGACGCACCUUUUGGGAACAUAUUCAGAAAACAGCGGUACACGAAGGCCAGCCUGCAACUGGUCAUCGAUGAAUUCAGCACAGAGAUAAAAAGUAAAUUCACUGAGGUUGGGCAGAGCACCAGCCUGAGCAACUCACAGCUCCACCUUCUCCAGCAAGAGACGGACAUCAUCAUGAAAGCCCUUGAAAGACAAAUUCUUCUGAAAAAGAAGACUAUCUACGAGUCCCUUGAGCUGUCGAUCCAAACCAGCCUUUCGCCGCAUUAUGCUGAAGCGGCUCAGAUACGCGGGAAGCAGAUGUGCAAGAACAUGAAAACCAAACUUCACCAGUCCGUUGAGGAGGAGGUGGACAAGAACAUGUUUGAAAAAGCGAAGGAGGACAUGAAGAGCCGUUUCCAAGAGCUAAAGGAGGAGAUGACCAGGAAGCUGGAGAAGGACUUUUCCGACAUGCUCAGCUUCGCCUUUUGUCCGUGGCAGAGGAUGUGCAAGAAGCUGACAGUUUUUGAACAAGAACGCCAAGAAAUUGAGAAUUUGUGCAAAAGUCUCUGACCCCGAAAAGGCCUGCUGGAAGCCUUCCCUUACGUUUCUUUUCUUUUUUUAAGCAAAGUUAUUUUUGCUUUUAGCUUUAAUUGCAUUUAACUGAUCAGUUCAUCGCUUUUCUACAUGAACCACCUUGUAAGCAAGAAUUUUAAAGCCCUUAUGGGUGGGACUCGGUAGCCGAAACGCUGGCCCGUAAGGAUGCAGGAGAGCCGGGGUCCCGAGCCGCGUCUGCAGCCGCCGGCGAAGCGGCACGUCCCGGCACUGGCAGCUGGGAUUGCAGCGGAGGUUUGGCCAUGAGGUCUCGGGUGCCUUGCUGAAGGUCUUCCAGGAAAGGGGACAACAUUCAACAUGCGUCCUCGUCUGAGUGCCUUUAUACGAAAUGUUGGCAGCAGCUCGCGUGUUGCUUUUGGACUCUUUUUACGGAGGUAAACACCUUUUUCCACAGGUUUCGGUAUGCAGCUACAAGCUGAGCAGAGUGAGACUCGCCUGGGUCUGGUGCAAACCUAGAACUGCCCAAAGACAAAUUUAUCGCGGUGAAUACGGACGGGGAAGCUCUGCUGCAAAUCCUCUUCCUGAAAUGCAAUAAAAUGUUAAGCUCUCGGUUA